AUGGGGGGAAAAAUUCACAGUUUUUUUCUUUCUUCUAUCCAUCUUAACCUCUUUUUUCCUUUCUUUCUCGUUGGUUCGCGAUGCUCGCCCCAGUUGUGGACCGGCACAGGUCUAGACUGGAAAGACUCUGCCUGCACACACGUGGAGAUGUCCCCAGCGCUGACAAAAACCAAGCAGAAGGGGCGUGGACGUAAGAAAGGCGCCUCGGCGGGGACGGCAUGGAUGGAUGACAGAUGCAAAUGCCACUGCGCGGAAACCGUGACGAUAUUUUUCUCUUGUCUCUUCCUGGUGAUGCCUGAACAGGAGGAGCAGACGGAGCUUGACUCCGAGAUGCUGGGCCAGUCAGGUCGGUGGGCCUUUUGAGGCUGCCAACCUCGUCCUCGGAGCUCUGACAUGGUUUGGAGACUUGACAGGUGUGCUCCGUACCCCGGUCUCUUGAUUCGUCU